UCUGGUGCCCAAGACUCAGAGGAGUCCUUUUCUGCGGGACACUGAAAGCUGAGGAGGGCAAUUGGGUUUUGAUGCGGUGCCAGCACCCUUCUGACAAUGAGCUACUGGAACUUGGAGAAGAGGGACUGUGUGCAGUACCGCAGGCAUUUUCUGGUGGACAACAGUGUGUUUCAUGUUGAAAGAUGCAUGAGUGUAAUGCAGUCCGGGACACAGAUGAUCAAACUGAAGCGUGGGACCAAAGGACUCGUUCGGCUCUUUUACCUGGAUGAACACCGCACCCGUCUCCGCUGGCGACCCUCUCGGAAGAGCGAGAAGGCAAAAAUAAUUAUUGACUCCAUUUAUAAAGUCACCGAGGGUCGGCAGUCGGAAAUAUUCCACAGACAAGCGGAGGGAAACUUUGACCCCAGCUGCUGCUUCACCAUCUACCAUGGCAACCACAUGGAGUCCCUGGACCUCAUCACUUCCAACCCCGAGGAGGCCCGCACCUGGAUCACAGGCCUCAAGUACCUGAUGGCUGGCAUCAGUGACGAAGAUUCCCUUGCCAAGAGGCAGAGGGCUCAUGACCAGUGGGUGAAGCAGACCUUUGAGGAAGCUGACAAGAAUGGUGAUGGUUUAUUGAAUAUUGAGGAGAUCCACCAAUUGAUGCAUAAACUAAAUGUCAACCUGCCCCGACGGAAAGUCAGACAAAUGUUUCAGGAAGCUGAUACAGAUGAGAAUCAAGGAACUUUGACCUUUGAAGAGUUUUGUGUUUUUUACAAAAUGAUGUCAUUGAGACGGGAUCUCUAUCUGUUGCUCUUAAACUAUAGUGACAAGAAAGAUCACCUAACUGUGGAAGAACUGGCUCAGUUUCUGAAAGUAGAGCAGAAGAUGAGCAACGUGACGGCAGACUGUUGUCUUGACAUCAUAAGGAAGUUUGAAGUGUCCGAAGAAAAUAAAGCCAAAAACGUCCUUGGCAUAGAAGGCUUCACCAGCUUCAUGCGUAGUCCUGCUUGUGACGUAUUUAACCCUCUGCACCAGGAAGUCUUUCAAGACAUGGAUCAGCCCCUCUGCAACUACUACAUUGCUUCCUCUCAUAACACGUACCUGACUGGGGACCAGCUCCUCUCGCAAUCCAAAGUGGAUAUGUAUGCUCGGGUGCUACAAGAGGGCUGUCGCUGCGUGGAAGUGGACUGCUGGGAUGGCCCCGACGGAGAGCCAGUGGUACACCACGGUUAUACCCUCACUUCAAAAAUUCUCUUCAGAGAUGUGGUGGAGACUAUCAACAAGCACGCUUUUGUGAAGAAUGAGUUUCCCGUGAUAUUGUCCAUUGAGAAUCACUGCAGCAUCCAGCAGCAGAGGAAGAUUGCUCAGUACCUGAAGGGGGUCUUCCAAGACAAACUGGAUCUCUCCUCGGUAGACACAGGAGAGUGCAAGCAGCUUCCAAGCCCUCAAAGUCUGAAAGGCAAAAUCCUAGUGAAGGGCAAGAAGUUGCCUUUUCACCUCGGGGAUGACGCCGAGGAAGGAGACGUUUCUGAUGAGGACAGUGCUGAUGAAAUUGAAGAUGACUGCAAGUUCAAACUUCAUUAUAACAACGGGACUACUGAGCAUCAGGUGGAGUCAUUCAUAAGGAAAAAACUGGAGUCACUGUUAAGAGAAUCUCAAAUUCGAGACAAAGAAGAGCCUGAUAGUUUCACAGUGAGGGCGCUGUUGAAGGCCACUCACGAAGGCUUAAAUGUACACCUGAAGCAGAAUUCAGAUGUAAAGGAAAGUGGAAAGAAAUCCCAUGGACGAUCUCUCAUGACAAACUUUGGAAAACAUAAGAGAGCCACAAAAUCGCGGUCUAAAUCCUACAAUACAGAUGAUGAAGAGGAUGUACAGCAGCAUCCUGGCAAGGAGAUUGGCCAGUUAUACAGGUUGGGCCGACGAAGGAAAACCAUGAAGCUGUGCCGUGAACUCUCGGAUCUGGUGGUGUACACAAACUCCGUAGCAGCCCAGGACAUCGUGGACGAUGGAACAACGGGGAAUGUGCUGUCAUUCAGUGAAACAAGAGCGCAUCAAGUGGUUCAGCAGAAAUCAGAGCAGUUCAUGAUUUAUAACCAAAAGCAGCUCACGAGGAUUUACCCCUCUGCCUACCGAAUUGAUUCCAGCAACUUCAACCCUCUUCCUUAUUGGAAUGCAGGCUGUCAGCUAGUGGCCCUCAACUACCAGUCCGAAGGAAGAAUGAUGCAGUUAAACCGAGCCAAAUUCAAGACAAAUGGCAACUGUGGCUACGUCCUCAAACCCCAGCAAAUGUGCAAGGGUACUUUCAAUCCUUUCUCUGGUGACCCACUUCCUGCCAACCCCAAAAAGCAACUCAUCCUGAAAGUAAUCAGUGGCCAGCAACUCCCCAAACCUCCGGAUUCCAUGCUGGGCGACAGAGGCGAGAUCAUUGACCCCUUUGUUGAAGUUGAAAUCAUUGGAUUGCCUGUGGAUUGUUGUAAAGAUCAGACCCGUGUGGUAGAUGACAAUGGAUUUAACCCUGUGUGGGAAGAAACACUGACAUUUACUGUGCACAUGCCAGAAAUCGCUUUGGUUCGCUUCCUUGUGUGGGAUCACGAUCCCAUUGGACGAGAUUUCGUUGGGCAAAGAACUGUGACCUUCAGCAGCUUGGUGCCUGCUCCGAUUGUGUUGACUGUGGUUUUGUUUUUGUGUCUUUCACAGUGGAGCCCUUUAAUACUCAACCCCAGUUAUACUAUUUUGCACUUUCUAGGAGCUACAAAGAACAGGCAACUCCAAGGUCUGAAGGGACUGUUCAAUAAGAAUCCCAGGCACAGUUCAGAAACCAAUUCCCAUUACGUCCGGAAACGAUCCAUUGGAGAUAGAAUUCUGCGACGCACAGCCAGUGCCCCAGCCAAAGGCAGGAAAAAGAGCAAAAUGGGCUUCCAAGAAAUGGUAGAGAUAAAGGAUUCUGUGUCCGAGGCUACAAGAGAUCAAGACGGUGUUCUGAGGAGGACCACACGGAGUUUGCAAGCCCGCCCUAAUUCUAUGCCAGUUGACAAGAGUCUUCUAGGAGCAUUUUCGCUGCCCGUAUCUGAAACAGCAGACACGGCUGGAAAAGAAAACUCUCUAGCAGCCGAUGUGGACAGCCAGAGAAAAGGCAAGGCAGGUACACAAGACCAACAUUUUCAAAAUUUCAACCAAAAGCUCUCCUCCUCCAGUGCACUCCUCUACAAAGACACCAGCCAAGGGGGCUCCAAUCUUUCUUCUGCCAAUCGGUCCAUUACAGGAGAGCCAUUGGGAGUGCCCGGUCCUAAGUGUGGGAGAGCCACAUUAAAUGUGACAAGUGAUUGCCAGGAAAACCAUCGUCCCAACAAACCCCUCUCCCCAAAGAAGCAUUUGGAUCUUGACCCUGCAGUUAACCUAACACAACAUCUGGGUGGCGUGAAAACCAAAGAACAUGCAAGUGUUGAGGGCUUCCUGAAAGGGAAAACGACACCUUCAGGAAGCAUCCUUCCCCAAAGCAAUUUGGAGAUGAAGACUUGGGGGGAUGACAGGGGCAGGGGCCGAGCUGCCACCUCCUUCUGUUUAUCAGAUAUCUCCACACUCUGUGCAGACAUACCUGACUUACAGUCAACUGCGAUUCUGCAGGAUAGUGGGAUUUCCCAACUUAUUGACAAUACCUCUAUGACAAAUGAGAAUGAACCAGGCAGUUCCAUCUCAGCCCUGAUUGGCCAGUUUGAUGAGACCAGUGAUCAGGCCAGUGUCAUAGUCGCCUCUGAUCUCCAGUGUACCAGUGCGAUGCCAGGCCAUUCUGACUUGCCCACCAUUGGUCUAAAACUGCCCUCAAAGCAUGGCUUUUCCAAAGGAAAGUCCAAGUCACCUUUCCUGUGCUCAUCUCCUGAGCCUAUCGCAUUCUCGAGUCCUGGGACUACAGAGCACGUCCCACACACAGUCAUUCGUGAAAACACCUGCACUCCCAUCGCUCAAGCCAAACCAGGUGAGGAGCUUUCUAGUAAGGCCAAGAGAGGGGCCACAGAAAGCAAUCUGCCUGCAUCCCCUCGUACUCACUGCUGGUUGCUAACAAGUCCCAGCAAGGGACAAGACUGGAAAGGACUGACGACCCGCAGCCCUGCCCCAUCCAUGGAAGUGACGCUGGAAGACGUCAUUGCGGAUCCCACUCUCUGUUUAAUCUCUGCAGAGAGCAGUCUGGUGGAGAUUGAUGGAGGGCUAGACAGUCUCUCCAUAACCACUUGCGACGCCAGGAGAGGGACCACAAGCCAACCCGCUUCUCCUUCAAAGCUGAAUCAGAGCCUGAGGGAGGUGCAACGUUUUCAGAGCGGUUUGCAGAAUGGCCACUGCGAAGAGACUCUCCCUAGUUCCACCCCAAGAGUAUUCAACUGUGUUCCACAUGUCAACUGUCGAAGUACUUCCUGUCUUGCCUGUCAGGGUGCUGGCUUUGUGCGGAACCACUUCUCAAACCCAGCUGCAAAAACGAGCCUGCCCUGCGUGCCCCUGCCGCCCAGUGCUCGAGACCCGCAUGCCCCCGUGCCCAAGCCCCCCCCACCGCUUCCUCUGUCGGCUCGGAAACUGCCCAGCCCUUGUAAAUCGAAAAGCCUGGGGGAUUUAACAUCGGAGGACAUCGCGUGUCACUUUGAAAGCAAGUACCAGUGUAUUAGUAAGAGUUUCCUUACAACUGGCUCGAGGGACCAGAAGGGGGUGCCUGUGAAGACGCAGCCAUCGGAGCGUGCGGAUGCUCUCACGGAGCAGCUGAGGAAGCUCGUGUCCUUGGACCAGGACGACGGCUGCCAGGUGCUCUGCUCCAAGCAGGAGGCGAACCACCUCCCCAGGGCGCUCAUCCGAAAGCUGUCAUCCAGAAGCCAGAGCAGGGUGCGCAACAUUGCCAGUCGGGCCAAGGAGAAACAGGAAGCCAACAAGCAUAAAGUCGGGAACCUCAGCCCCGUGGGGGGAGUGCUGCUCCGAAACAAGCCCUCCUCGGCGCCCCCGCCCGCCGCCAACCGCCACUCCACCGGCUCGUACAUCGCGGGCUACCUGAGUCCGCGCAAAAGCCUGCCAGGCCGCGGCGUCCCCGAGGGGGCGUGCGCAGCCCGUAGCCAGGGCCACUUGGACCAGCUGUGUGCAGAUGGCUCCGUCUGGCCGACUGAGGCCAGCGGGGACGACAAGCCAGAAAUUUAUUUCCUCUUGAGACUGUGAACGACGACGUAAAGCUGCAUCUUCAGUGUUUACAAAGUAGUCUGUAGAAUGCCAGUUUGGCCCCUCCAGUAACCGUGACCCCUGGCUUUGAGAUGAUCUAGAAAUGUAUUUUUAAACUCGUCUUUUGGUUUCUCUUUGCCUGCGCGUGUGCUUCCUGGGUGUGCGUUUGUACGUAGAUUCUGUGACAUUUGCCACGUGCCUAUGAACUUCCCUCCCGAGGUCUUGUAAGCUGUAUUGGGAUGGGAGACGUGCAUGCUCUAGAUGUGAAACGUUCCCUCAGCUUGGGUCCUAAUGCACACGUUUUGCCAAGAUGUUUUCUCCUAUACGUAUGUCCUUAGAACAUAGUCACAAAUGUAGUCAUUUUAAACUCUCUGUUGAGUUGAUUAGGACACUGCAAAAGGACAAAGGGAUGCAUUUUUGGGGUGUUUUUAAUUAAGUACUAUUAUUGGGGGCUCUUACAUCUCUUCCCAAUGGGAUGAAUUCUUUAUUUAAAGCCAUGGCCAUUUUCCUCCUUUGUUUAGAAGCCCACGCGCAUUUUUUAUGACUCUGUUGAAAGACACGGACAAGGGUUGUUUUGCCCUUUCUGAUUUCGUUACCCCUCCCCAGGAUGAGAGAAAUCAAGGGGGAGUUGGUAGCUGACUUAUCCCCCUCUCUUUUAGAGUAGAUAUAAAGAAGAGAAAACUUCUGUAUAUAAAGACAAAACUAUUUGUUUUACAUGAAUUUUGUUACAUAUUUUUGCUAAUGGCUUUGUAUGUAACAAGAACACAAUUGCCAAGAUAUUUGUUGUACUUUGGAGCUUUCUGAUUAAAUUAUAGACUGAAAAUAAGGGCUGUACGGAACGAACGACUUUUGGCAGACUCUAACAAUAAUAAAUAGUAGCACAAAUUGGAACUUCCCCAAAGCUUUCAAGAAAAAAAUUUUAAAACAUUAUCAUCAUAAAAUCCAACUGAAUCGAUAAUUAGAAGACACGUUUUCCCUCCAGGGAGCCUAGCCAACUAUAUUUUAGUACCAACCUGCAUGGUUUCCACUGUGAAUCCAUUUUUACUGCGUGUUCAGAGGUCCCUCUUUGCUCUUUUGUAACUUGGACUGCAGUGACGCUCUUCUUGGAAUUCAUGAAAAUAUAAUUAAAGCGGAUUUUUAAACACUU